GGCAUCAAUUGUUUUCCAUCAACCCAGUUUGAAACAUACGUCAGAAUGAGCGACAAAAACACUAAAGGAUUUAAGGGCCUAUUUAAAAAGAUGAACAAGAGAGAAAAUCACGAACGUGACUCCCAGCAGAAGAACUACGUUGUGGAGAGUUCCCAGCCGAAGCCUGAAAAGGAGAACAGUCGGGAUCGCAAGGAGCGUGAAAAGGAACGCAAGAAGGAGCAGGAACUUGAACGUAAGCGGGAGCAGGAAAGGCGAAAGGAACUCGAGCGGGAAAAGCAGCUUGAAAAGCAACGUCAGCUGGAAUGGAAAAAGGAUCUGGAAAAGGAGCAGCAGCGCGAGAGGGAAUUGGAGCGGGAUCAUCCAAGACAGGCGGCAGCCACGGCUGCAAAGAAACCAAACCCCGAGAUCGUCAAGUUCGACGAGGAAUUCGAACGUGAUAUUGAAACUUUGGAGCGCCAAAUAUGUAACUUGGAUUUUCGCUCCAAGACCAUGGCCACCAUGUGGAUAGACAAGCUGCGUCGCACACCACAGAGUGUAGCCGAAGCUAGGUCGAGGAACAUCAUAACAUCCCACAUCCUCAAGUGCUGUGGCGAAAACAUAUUCAAGAAGGAGCCUUUCAACCAUCCCCCACCACCCGAAAACUUGGCAAUUAUAAGAGAGCGAAUGUUCCUGACGCGGGAUAGUACGUGCCAUGGUAUGCCUGUGGCUAAACAGAGGGAACCGAACAGCUAUUUAACUCAAUUGUUUAACGAUUCUUACGAUGGUGGUGAAUUCCUAAGCCAGCUACCCGUGCCACGUGAUGGUGCUUUCUUCAUCCUGCACAUGCGUCCAAAUUUAUAAAAGUGAAUUGAACAUGAAAUACAACCCAACCAAAUUCAAAAUUUUAGUAACAUUUUGUAUCU